AUGAGGGCACCACAUGUGCCGUUCUAUAAUUCAGCAAGAGUGUUUAACCCUUUUUCUGUUACUGCUAAUAAUGGUACAGGUGGGCAAAAUGGUUCUACACGUGGGCUACAUGUAAUGGCUCCUAUGCAUACUCAUAAUGGGCCACAUGAUGUUGGGCAUGAUAUUGGGCCAUUUGAUUUUGGGUGUUUUGGAGCAUCUAGGCCACAAAAUGGUGGAUGUGAAUUUGGGUCUUAUAAUAGGCCAAAUAGUGUAAAUCCAAGUGCUGGGCAACAUAAUGCACCAAAUUCUAAUCUUGUUAGGUCGAGUGCUAAUCUGGUUUGGCCUGAUGCCCCUGACUCUGUUCAACGCCGUUGUGGGCUGUGGCAGACUAAACCUAGGGCACGGGUUCAUGAUGUUGAUGCUUCACCGUGUGUUGGCUUACCUAGAAUUCUUGAUUUUAAUGCCUCGGAUUUUCUGAACACAUUUGGAUCCAACGUUAAUACAAAUCCUUAUGGGUCUGAUUUUUCUAAUGAAGACUCUUAUGUUCCUUUACCUGUAAGGACCACGUCUUGGUGUCCUAAUUCCGGGGCCUCACACCAUGUCUAUCGCGACAACACUACUCUGUGUGACUCCACACCUUAUUCAGACAUCCUGACGCUGGAACCUUUGCUGAGGGGCCACACUCGUGAUGGCCUAUACUAUUUUUCACAAGCAUCCUUUGACUCGUCUGGUAGUGAUCCGUCUGCUCUUACCACCAGUCUUCCGUCCCCAUGUGAUGGUGAUGAUAUGUUUACCUUAUGGCACCGUAGGCUCGGGCAUCUAUCUGCUUCAAUUGUUAAAAAUGUGAUUGAUAAAUUUAAUAUUGUUUCUAAUAAAUUAUACCUUGAUAAUAUCUGUACCGUCUGUCAAAGAGGGAAGUCUCAUAAACUACUUUUUUCUUGUUCUACUACUGACUAUACAGAUUUUUUUUGAAUUGGUUGUCUCUGAUUUAUGGGGACAGACCUUAAUUUCCUGUGGAGGACAUUUGUACUAUAUUUCAU